AUGUCGCCAAUAGCCAAUGACCCGGGCGAGCUCUCUCUGGGCAAGCUCCUCUCAACUCUUACCCAUACGCUCCAUCCAACCACCUACGUCUUCGCCACGUUCACCGAUACCUCCAAUCUACCACCCCUGUCCGAAACGCAAAUGAUGUUCAAGGAGUCUGAGGGAAUCACUGUCAUUGUCAGCAAGGACUACGCAGAGUCACACAAGAUCGACUACUUCUUCCUCUGCAAAAUGAUCAGUCUCAAUGUCACAUCGAGCUUGGAAGCUGUCGGUUUCAUGGCGGUUAUCGCAACGAGAUUAGCGGCAAAGGGUAUUGGCUGUAACCCUGUUAGUGGGUUCUAUCAUGAUCAUGUCUUUGUGCCUCUUGGUCGGGAGGAGGAGUCUUCGGAAGUGUUGGCACGAUUAGCGGCGGAGAAGAGGGAGGAGGGAGAGAAGGCAUAG